AUGAAAACAGAUGAAAGUUACAUUAGCCACAAUGAGGUGCUACAGCUACCUUUAUUAAGAACUACAAUUGCCCCUGAAUAUUGUGCUACAAGAUAUGCACACCACUUUCAAAUUUCUGGGUCAUUUAGGAUCGGGUACCUUCUGGCUAUCCCAAAGAGUUGGAUUUUUCAAGAGGCCCUGUUACACGCACUGGAAAUAAACCAAAUGGUAAUUGCAUUUACAAUUGUCCUUUUGACGUUGACGGUUAGUGUCUCAAAGCUAUUUUCGAGGGCAAAGUUUUUAAUAAAAUUGGUAGCGAUUUCUUUGAUGGCAUUCAAUUUGUUCCCAGCCGUUUUUAGAAGAGACUCAGUGUGUUUAUCACACACAGUCUACCGAAACCCUCAAAACCUUGACCUUAACUUUGGUUGGUCAUUGACGAAAGAGAUUUCUAUAAAAAGAAAAGAAACCUACAGAAUACGAAAACAAUCACCGUAUCAUUUACAUCUGUUGCCAUUCUUUUACAGUACACCCUGUGAGGAAACUUUUAACUUAAUUCACAUUCUCGAGAUUACACCAUUUUGGCCCAAAUCCCUUUUAUAUUCUCCCGCAUCAAUCCCUCAAACUGUUUACAGUAGACAUAUAUGUUUAUUUUUAUUGGUACCUCUAUUACUUUUCAGCACCUUAUUUUCUUAUUUCUUGUCAUCCUCAUAUUCUCAAGCCAAAGCAUACCUCUAUUUCCUUGUAUACUACACCCUUAUCCACAAAGUAUGCUCUAUGUGUCGUAUUCAUUUGCCCUCUCGUGUUAUACUUCUCAUACAGCCUACAGCAAUUGCCUAUAAUUCCAAACUGUCGUUUGGCGAUCCUUUCCCAAAGAUCAUGGUAUCUAUCAUGAGAAUUAAUUGGUCGUCCGUUGCAGUUAUAAGUUUCCUGAUCUCAAUUUCCAGUUGCUGGUUUUAUUAUCACGGCAUUAAUCCACUAGUCUAA